AUUCUACCAGCUUUUAACUGUUAUUGGAGGUCUGCACUUUUUUGAGUUACAGCAUCGCCGAUCUAAAUUUGUGUCAUUUAACCGAUAACAAAAUGUCUAUGGAAGUAGAUGAGGCCAUCCCUAAAAAUGUUUUGGCAGCACCUGGUACAACUGGGAGUGUCACUAUAUCUCUGCAUCCUCUUGUUAUAAUGAAUAUCUCUGAGCAUUGGACUCGUGUAAAAGCUCAAGAAGGAACUCCUCAACAAGUUAUUGGAGCUCUCAUUGGAAAACAGGAAGGGCGAAAUAUAGAAAUCAUGAACUCAUUUGAGUUGGUUUUUGAUAGAAUUGAAGGGGACAUUGUUAUUGACAAGGACUAUUAUACUACAAAAGAGCAGCAAUUUAAACAAGUUUUUAGUGAUUUGGAUCUAAUUGGCUGGUAUACUACUGGUGAUUCUGUUAAUGAAUCCGACAUUAAAGUGCAUAAACAGAUAUGUGAAAUUUAUGAAAGUCCAGUGUUUCUAAAGCUUAAUCCUCUAGGAAGGCAUACUGAACUACCUGUAUCCAUUUAUGAAUCUGUGAUUGACUUAGUGAGUGGUGAGGCUACCAUGUUAUUUGUUGAAUUAAUAUAUACUUUGGCUACAGAAGAAGCUGAGCGCAUUGGGUUAGAUCACAUGGCAAGAAUGUCAACAAAUGAAUCUGGUGAAAGUUCAUUAGUUGCUGAACAGUUGCAAGCUCAACAUAGUGCCAUUAAAAUGCUGCACAGCAGAGUACAUCUUAUACUAGAUUAUGUACGUGCAGUAAAACAGGGAAAAGUGGCUCCUAACCAUGAAAUUUUAAGAGAAGCAUACAGUCUGUGUCAUAGGUUACCUGUCAUUUCCACUGAAACAUUUAGACAAGAAUAUUUUAAUCAAUGUAAUGAUGUUGGGCUCAUGACUUAUCUUGGAACUCUCACUAAAGGAUGUAAUACAAUAAAUCAGUAUGUAAAUAAGUUCAACAUUCUCUAUGAUAGGCAAGGAAUGGGAAGAAGAAUGAAAGGAUUCUUCUUUUAAAUUAAUUCUGAAAUUUAUGUAUAAGUGUAAAUUUCUUUUUGCAUAUAACAAACAUUUUGUAAAUAAACAUAUUCUGUUAUCUAAAAGGGCUUUACUUUUAUUUCAAAACAUGUUGAUAAAAUAUUCUGUUUUGAAAUUCCCAUAAUAUUUGCAUUAACUUAUUUUUUUGUCAAAUGUAUUUUAAUAGUCAUAAAAGCAGAUUAAACAUGAUUUUUAUA